AUGGCGCCACGUCUUUCCAGUCUUCCUUUCUUUCUCAUCGUUCUCUCCAUGAUCGCACUCGCGACAACCCCAGCCCUUGCGGCGCGACACAGAGCAGCCCCCGCGGUGACCUUGCUGGACAAGGCUAUCAAAGCGCGAGCUCUCGCCGACAAAGCCUCCGCAGCAGCCGCAGAGGCCGAGGCGAUCGCGGAACAGCGCAGGCAAGACGAAGCCGCGGCGCUCGCCGACCUCAACGCCGCCAUCGCAGCCGCGGACGCCGCCGCCGCCGCGCUCACCACCGCGAAAACCGGCGCGACGUCCGCGGCCGCGGCGAAGGGAAACGCGAAGAAAUCUCUCGACGCCGCGAAGAAGCAGCUCGACGACAUGAAGAAAGCCCGCGAAACUAAGUCGAAGAACGUUGUAAAACAAAAGGCCGACGUGAAAACCGCAGAGGCGAAGGUCAAAGCGGCGCAGCAGAAGCUAGAGAAGGCCAACGCGGAGAAAUCCAAGCAGGAGAAGAUCGCGGCGGACGCGAAAGCAGCGGGCGACGCGGCGGAGCAGGAGGCGAAGAAGAAGAAGGGCGACAAGGCGUUGGCGAACAAGGCGAAGAAAGCCGGCGACGACGCGAAGAAAGCCAAGGAGCAGGCCGACGCGCUCGCGAAGGAGGCGCUCGUGGCGGAGCAGGCGCUAGCGGCGGCGGAGGACGCGGCGGAGAAGGAGCAGGACGAGGCGAGCGCGGCGGAGAGCGCCAGCGCGCCGACGGACGCGGAGCUGGAGAAGGAAGACGAGGUGGCGGAGGCGGCGGACGACGCGCAAGAGGCGGAGGCGGCGCAGAAGGCUGCGGAGGUCAGCGUGAAGGACGCGGAGAAGGCGCUCAAGCGCGCGUUCGUGGCGGUGAAGCAGGCGCGCGCGGCGUGGAAGAAUAAGAACGCGCUGCGACUGGCCGCGGAGAAGAAGGCGGCGCAGAAGGCGGCGAUCGCGGCUGCAUUCGACGCCAAGGCGGACGCGGCUGAGCCUCUACCUCUUCGCCCUAGAGAACUGAUGGCUCGUGUGCUAUCCCACUACUGA